AUGCUUUCAUCUCUGUGCCUUGUGUUAAAUCUGAGAGGAACACAGAAGGACAUCCAGCUACCAUGGGAGCUCAGGAGACGGAGACUGGGGCCCAGUGUAGGGGAUCGCCUUACCUUGGACCUCACCCUCUUUUUAUACUGCUCCGGCAAAGACAACAAAGCUCCACUGUGUUCACACUGGUUUCUGACUCGGCUGAACCUAGUCCUUACCCGCCCCUGGUACCCAGCCAGCAGUAACCUCCAGGCGACAAUUGCAACUUCUCGCGCCUGGUCGGGUGGUGAACCGCGGUCCCCUCGGAUGAGAGGCCGCACGUUAGCCCAGAGGCUACUUGCCAAGGAAAAUAUCUUAAACUCGUAUCCACCAGAGGGGAAAAGUGGACAGGAGACGAGGAAAAGGAGACGUUGGAGAGGAACCCUGGACAUGACACGUGGAGGGGAGACGCAGAGACCCGGAGACGCAGAGACGCGGAGACGUGGAGAGAAGCUGCAUGGAGGAAGACGUUCGGGACAGAGAGCUGGGGUGAUGAUGAGUUUCCUCGGUGACGGCAUGGCUUCGGCCCCAUUCACGGGCAAGGAAAUAGUCGGCACGGGAGUCAGCGUCAAAGAAGAGAUAAGUGAGGUUGUCACCGAAGAUACAUGCCUGGAAAUAAAGGAGGAACCACUUGAUUAUGGAGAUGAAGCGAGAAAUGAAGUGUUUAACGUGAAUGUAAUACAUGAAAAUAAUUUCCUUCAUAAUCCUCUUGAUCUGAGACAUGAAUCACAUGCAAAAGACUCAUGUAACUUGGUUCAGGAUUGUAAUGACAUGUCAAAAGUACCAUUGGUGUGUGGCAAGGAAGUGUCCUCAAAAGAGUCACAUCAACAUUCACAUGGGAGUCACACAAAAGAGAUGCCAUAUAACUGUGGAGAAACCAUAAGCUGUGAACUUUACAACAAGGCCUUUUCACAGAAGCAUAAUUUGGUGAGAGUUCAUACAAAGAAGAAGUCAUAUAGCUGUGACACUUGCAUUAAGAAAUUUUCUAAAAGAAAUGAUCUUCUAACGCAAAUUAGAGUACAUGAGAAGCGAUAUAGCGGCAAGAUUUGCAAUAAGGCCUUUUCUGAGAGAAGUGAUCUUGUAAAGCACACUGUAGUACAUACAAAAGAGAAGCCAUAUAGCUGCGAGAUUUGCAACAAUACAUUCUCAUGGAGAAUUAGUCUGGUAAGGCACAUGAGAACACACACUAAGGAGAAACCAUACAGUUGUGAAAUUUGUAACAAGACUUCUCAGGAAAUCUAA